AUGGUGGUAUUGAAGAAGCAGCGCGAAGAAGAUGUCUCGGAGCCAAUCUUGGAGGAACUGAUCAAGAAUGAUCGCACCCCGUGGUUCAAGAAGCCGAACCUGAGGAAUCUAUACCUGAUUCUUUUCCCGGCUUGCAUGGGCAUUGAAAUCACCUCAGGGUUUGACUCACAAAUUAUCAAUACCGUGCAGAUCGUGUAUACUUGGAAUAAAUACUUCGGCGAACCAACUGGCGAGCUAAACGACGAUGGUCUACCGGCAUAUCAAAUUGCAAGCGAGCUCAAGGGGUUUUUGGCAGCGGCGUACUCUCUCGGAGCUAUUCUCUCGCUUCCGUUUGUGCCAUGGGUUAACCAGAGAGUUGGGCGUCGGUGGACCAUCAUGUUCGGUUCCUGCGUGAGUCUUCUGGGGGCUAUUCUCCAAGGCUUCUCCAACGGCGCCGCCAUGUAUUGCAUCGCUCGUAUCUUCCUCGGUUUCGGCAUUCCCUUCUGCAUCGUUGCGGGGUCUUCCAUGCUCGGCGAGCUGGGAUAUCCUAAAGAACGUCCAAUCCUCACGUCGCUGUUUAACUCGUCCUACUUCAUCGGUCAGAUCACAGCUGCGGCUGUAGGGCUGGGGACAGUUACGAUCCCGUCAGACUGGGCCUGGAGAGUCCCCUCGCUGCUCCAGAUCGCACCAGCUAUGGUGCAGGUCAUCACCGUCAUGUUCCUUCCCGAGAGCCCCCGGUACCUUAUCAGUAAAGAUCGAACGGACGAAGCAGUUGAAAUCCUCACCAAGUAUCAUGCCGAGGGAGACCGUGACUCUGUCAUUGUGAAAGCAGAAAUCGCACAGAUCGAGCGGACAAUCAUGCUCGAGCGGGAGGGCUCCAAGCAAACUUGGGGUGAUUUGUUUCGCACCGCUGGUAUGCGUCGUCGCCUUCUCAUCUCUGCCUUCCUUGGGUUGUUCACCCAGUGGUCGGGAAAUACUCUAAUCUCGUACUAUCUGAGCGACUUGCUCGACAUGGUGGACGUCACGGAUUCCGUUGUCAAAUCCAAGGUCAACGUGGGUAUCGCUUGCUGGGGUCUUGUCUGCGGAACAGCGCUGGCAUUGACUGUGCCGCGCUUCAAAAGAAGGAAUAUGUACCUCUUGACCGCUUCUUCCUUGCUCUGCGUGUAUAUUGCCUGGACCAUCUCCAUGGAAAGGUUCAUGUCCACCGAGACCAAAGCCGCGGCUGUCCUGACCAUCCUGUUCAUUUUCCUGUAUUCGCCCGCAUACAACUUGGGAUACAAUGCUCUAACCUACACGUACCUCGUCGAGAUCUGGCCGUAUUUCAACCGGUCUCGCGGCCUCUCGUGGUUCCAGUUCUACGGCCGUGGAGCGGCUUUCUUCGCGACCUAUGUCAACCCAAUCGGUCUCGAACGUAUCCAGUGGAGGUGGCUGAUUGUUUACUGCUGCUGGCUGGCGUUUGAGCUGGUCUUCAUCUACUUCUUCUUCCCGGAGACCUCUGGGCGCACGCUUGAGGAGCUAUCGUUCAUGUUUGAGGGCGCAGAGAAGGCCAAUGAGGUUGCUGCUGCGGUGCAUAAGCAGAUUGAUGGGACAGAGCACAAGGGCGCGACGACUGAGAUCCGCGAGGAGAAGGUGUAG